AUGCCUGAAAUUGAACAAAGAUUAGAAAAUGAUGAUUUAAUUCUAUUAUUUGAUACAUUAAUUGCUUAUCCAAUUAAAAUAUGCAUUCGUCUAUUAGAAAAUAGUUUAAAUGAAGAAGGUCUUUUUCGUAUUGCACUAUCACAAGGAAAACAAAAAAAAAACAUUGUUGCUGAACUUAAUUUACAAACAAUUGAUAGAGGAACAACAUUAAAUCAACUUAAUUAUGAGCCACGUGUCUCUGCAAGUAUACUUAAACAAUAUUUAAGAGAACUUCCUGAUCAUUUACUUACAACUGCACUUUUACCACAAUGGAAUGAGAUUAUUUCACUCAGGUUAACACUUUUUUCUCUUUUUCUUAUUCAAUCAUCCUAA